AUGGAUAGCAACGAGACUCCUGCCCAGAGGCCAGUCACCCUGGACAUCACAGGGGCAGUGGAGGUUGAACCCAGCCUGAGUGAAGACCUUAUCCCUCCAGAGCCAGCCUCCACCCUCUCGCCCUCCUCUGAUGUCCUGUUCCAGGAGGACAGCAUUGACCUGGGGGGGCGAGUCCUUCAUUACUCCCCAGGAGGACAGCCACAGCACAUCCUCAGAGAGCCUGAUGGACAAGCUCAACUACCAGAUGAUGGAGAGUGUCGUGGUCUCUGACUCCCCCAACAACAGUGAGGAGGACGACGUGGAUCCCAUGGACAACCUGCUGGAGCAGUUUGAGGAGAGAGAGGAGGAGCCAGCAGCAGCAGUUGUUAAAAAGACCUCAGUGGAGAAAGAGAAGGAGGUGGAGGUGAAGGAGGAGAAAGUGGAUGAUCUGAUCGGAGAAGACACUACUGAGAACAAGAUAGAGGCUGCGAUGAUACAGACAAGUCCAGUAGCCUCUAGCCCUGAGGAACCAGUGGAGGAUGUGAAACCGGAACUAACCACUGAAGAGCAGGACGUUGUCGCCGUCACCAUCUCCGCUGUAACCCCAGAGGACAGCACCCACAGCCUAGGCACCCCUAAACAUGAGGCAGCAGCCCUGGAGGCCAGCAGCAAAGGGACCACACCCAAGAACGAGCCCAUCCCUGUGUGCACCAUCUUCAGCCAGCCCAAAGCCCAGGCCCUGGUGCCAGAUGGCUUCCAGCCCACCCUCAUUAAAUCACCCAGCUUCAGUAGUGGCAGCGGCAGGGGGAGCACAGAGAUUACCCCCAGUAAACUGGCUCCCCUGGUCUGCAAGUCCCAGCCUCAGCAAGUUAUUUUCUGACCGCGGCCAUGUCAACCCGGCUACUGACUUCUUUGACUCCUUCACCACCUCCUCCUCCUUCAUCUCUGUCAGCAACCCUAACGCAGAGUCCCCAAAGUCAGCCGCCCCACCCGAACACCAGCUCUCUGGGUACACUCUGUCCACCUUUGGCCUACCCAGACUGAAGCAACCCCCAUGCCUCUUCAACAGGCUGCAGCAGAGCCAGCCCCGGCCCCUCCUCAGCCCUUCACCCAGCUGCAGACAGUGGUCUUAGGGGGAGACGACCCGUUUGCCAAGGCUCUGAACAUGAGUGAAGCUGAUAAGAGGUACGACGCAUGGCUGCCCUCUGAGGAGACCAGGAAGGUGCUGAUCUCCGUGGCAACUCAGCUGGACAGCCAGGUGUUUGUGGAGAGGGAGUGGCUGGCCAGGCCCGGACAUGGAGUGGCUGGCCAGGCCCGGCAGGUGGGUUAGCUUGCCAUUAAUGCCAUUAGCCCAUAGAGCUGGGUUUCCAGUUCGAUAUCAUUCGGAAAUCUGCUUUCAACAGCUGUGUCUAGUCUUGUGUACGAUGAAUGCUUUUGAAGUGGAUCAUUUGCUUAUUUAUAGACCUAGUCCUCUAAAAAUGUUGCGACCUACUCGCAUACCUGUGUGUGUGUGUUUCAGGGUGAUGCUGUGAAGGACCUGAUUGUGCGUCUCAUGGGGGAGCAGGCAGCUAUGAAGAGACAGGUCCUUACAGCCAACUCUGUAGAACAAUCCUUCCUGGGCCUCAAAAACUCAUUGUGAGUCACUGUGUGUGCAUGUUAAUGUGUUUGUGCAAACAGGUAUUUUAUACAUCUGUAUGUAGUGCCUUGUUAGACACAACUUAUUUUCAUGACGGCUUGUCUUACUCAUGGAAUUCCAUGGUAACAGAUUGCCCUUAUACCUCUUUCACCUUUUAGAACACUGCACUUCUACUUAUUCAGUGGUAGAAGACCAUGUAAAUGGCUAUGUUUGCUGAAUUUGGUUAGUGUGCAUGCAGCAGAUAGAUACCCUUGACAUUCUGUGAUGACUACCUAGAGUAUGCCUCACCUUCCUCAUAGAAUGGUGUUGUUAAUAGCACAGCUCCAUAAAAUACCCUAUAAUUUCUCUGGCUCACCUGUCUCCCCUACCCCCCCAUAAAGCAUGAAAAUUAGUCUACAUAACGACCUCUCCUCCUCCAUCACCCUAUCCUCCUCCAUCUUAGCCGUUGACCUGCAAACUACCCUGACCUGCACUUGGUAUUUAAAACUUAUGCACCAUAGCAGCCGGCAGAGAGAUGGAGGGUGAGGGAGAGAGAAUAGAAGGGAGGGAGGAGAUCCUCCAGGCUCUGAGUUCUCUCCUGCUGUGCCGAUGUAUAAUGCAUGGGAGCUGUGUGCAUAUUUAAAGGCCUUCUGGACUCUGCUCACACAAACACACACACAUCUGGUGCUGGACUGCAGUCUGCCAGGACACACACAUACACCCUCUCACAGAGUAGACCACUUGACCGAAGGCUGAAAAUACCACCUGGUGUGUGUGCGUCACCGACCCUACCGAUGCACACCAGCUAGCGUGGGCGGCUCCCCGGUGUAAUGAGGGAGUGAAGGAGGGAAAUAAAAAGAGAGGGAGAGAGAGAGAGAGAGUGAGUCAGGCAGGUCUGUUGAAAUGUCAGUGGGCUUUGCUCCUCCACUGUGGCCCUCACAGCUCCAGACCGACUCAGCCAGUCAACCUUACACUGAUCAAUAGCUGUGAUUGAUUGCACCGAAUUUGAGACACCUGGGUGGUCUCUUUCUCGAUUCGCUCGGUGAAUGUUGGCAAGGUGUGCGUGUGUGUGCGUGCGCGUGUGUCUGGUUGUACAGAGCUGUGUGUACCCUGGGGUUGUAGUGACUAGUGAGAUGUGUAUGUACUCCCCCCUCCCCCCCUGAUUCUUGGGGCUUCUGGGAGCUGGCAGUGACUCAUGCUGCAGUGGCAGAGUGUGACUGCACCCACUGCCUCUGCCUCCACACUCCUUCUGAGAACGCACAGACGCUGGCUCACACAGAGGGAGGAGCACAGAGAUGAGGGAGGGGAAGAAGAAAGAGGAAAGAUAUAGGGAGGAUGAGAGAAAAGGGAGGGAGGAAGAGUUAUUAGGCAGGGAAAGAAGAAAGAUGAGGGAGGGGAAGCGAGGGGGAAAAAAGGAGGAAGCAACCUCUGUGGUAAGAGUGAGGCUUUGUGAACAGAUGCUGCGUUCUCUCUCUCCUCUCUCUCUCUCUCUCCAUCCUUCCAUCCCCCGCUGAUCCACAGACAGCGGCAGUAGUGAUAUGCACCACUGAGUAAACAUUAUUCACAUGUAGUAGAGCUCAACUAACAUCUUAUUAGCAUCAACUUUACAUAUAGUAACUGAGUCCAAAUAUCAUAGCUACACACUGUGACUUUAAAUGGAACUAACCCCAACCCUGUAGAAUGUUGGUGUAGUGGAGACGUCCUCUUUCUCUCUGCUGGAUUAGCUGUCCUCUAUCCCUCAGGGUGUCUCUCUCCCUCUUCCUUCUACCCCUCUCUCUUUUCUUCCUUUCAGGGCUAGUGACCCGUCCGUCUGUCCUCUCCCUUGAGUCGGCUAGUCAGCAUUCCCCCUCUUGCUCAGCAGGGCUCAAGGCCUUUAUUUUCUCUCUCUUCACUCCAUCCACCCCUCCCUCCCUUCCUCUCACCCCACCUUAAUUUCCUUGGACUCUUGUGUGUGUGUGACCUGUCUCAUGUGGCCAGUGUCAGCUAGCCACUGCCCCCUCUUGCACAGCAUCAUCCAUGGCCUCUGUCUAUCUCCCUCCCUCCAUUCCUCCCUCUGGUGACCUGUCUCCCCCUUCUCCAACAAUCCCUCCCCAUUGGGAUUCUGGCCCAAGGACUAUAUUUCUCCCUCCCUCCCUCCCUCCCUCCCUCCCUCCCUCCCUCCCUCCCUCCCUCCCUCCCUCCCUCCCUCCCUCCCUCCCUCCCUGUGGCUGGUCAGCGUCCCCUCUCUCAGCAGGGCCCAGGGCUGGCUAAUCUGUCACUCUGAUUAGCCACCUUUCUCCCUCCAUCCCACUCUUCCUCUGCGGCCGAUGACCUCUCUCUCUCCUCCCAGUGUGCUGGUGUCUGGGCCUGGGGCCUGUGUGUUGGAGCCAUAUGUCCAGUGUAGGAGGGGGGCAGGGGCCGGGGGAGGUAUGAUCAGCAUCAUCCCCACCUUACUCCCACCUUGGCUGGGUCAGCCUCAGCCUUGA